UUUCAGCAGUUGUGCUGUGUUCUGUGUUUAGCAGCUGUGUUGUGUUGUGUUUUCAGCAGUUGUGCUGUGUUGUGUUAUGAUGAGGGGGAUACACGUAAGUCAAAGUUUGUGUCACAUGGAGCCCAGGCUGAGUAAACCGUGCCGGUCCAGCCCGUGAUCUUUUUAUAGCAGAGGGAAAACAGGCCUCAUGAACAGACGUUUCCAGGAAAUGACCAUCAUGCCUCUCCACCUCGAGUCACAAACAGAGUAAGAGGAAACAGCCAAGUCUCAUUCCGCUGUUAUAGGGCGCCACUUUCUCUUUCUUAUUCCGACACAAUGGACCACUCAAGGACCAAACUCUCGUACUAAAAGAUCCGCAAUUAGUGAUGCAGGGUGCCAUAGCGAAGGUCUGCAUGGUGGUGGUAGCUGCCAUUCUCAACCACCCCCUGCUUUUCCCCAAGGAAAACACUACCAUCCCAGAACAGGAUGAAGAUAUUUUGGCCCGGAUGAAGGAGCAUGAGGAGAGGCUGGAGGCUGAGCGGGAGCGGCUUGAGCAGGAGAUCUCUAAAGCAGAUAAAGAGGCCCUGGACUCAAGCUUUGACUGCUAUGGCUGGUAUUUCUGGAGUGCCCUCUCUCUUGUCAUUUUCUUCACUAUUGAGGUUUGUCGGCAGGAAUUGAUCCCUGGAGAAACUCCUGACCCCUCAGAAGAUGAAGAAGGGUACACCAGUGGUGGUGCUAAGGUUGUGACUUUAGAUAAAGGUGUCCUAAGCAACUUCUGCGAGACCAGCUUCCACCCCUUUAUCCACGAGAGCGGGAGGGUGCGGGAGUUUGUUGAGGGCUUUGCAGAUGACCUGCUGGAGGCUUUGAGGAGCAUUUGUGACCGUGAGGUUGAUAUGGAGCUUGAGGACUUUGUUGGAGUGGGCAGCAUAUUUGAGUCUUGGAGAGUAUGUAAGCCUCUCAUGUGUGAUCUGAUCGUGCCUUUUGCAACCCCAGAGCCUUACUCUUUCCAGUUCCAGCUGUGGUGUGGUGCAUACUCUGAUAUUCCACUGGACCUGCAAGGAUGUGGCAGGAUUAAGUUGACAAAAAUUAGUGGGAAUUGCCCAGACUGCCUCUGUGGCACAACCAACCUCGGCGAGGAUAUGCUGUGCCUGCUUCACAACAGAAACGAAAGCAGUGAAGUUGACGACCAUGCCUUGGAGGAGCUGCUGUGCUCGAGAAACACUCCUUAUCUGUCUAAAGAUCAAGUCAUGAAGUGGUUCCAGAUCUCGGUGACCAAAGCAUGGGGACGAAUCUCUCAUAAGUACGAGUUUGAGCUCACUUUCCGCAACCUAGACUUCCCUGGGGCGCUGAAGGUCAGGUUCAGGUCAGGAAAGGUUAUUGUUCUAAACAUUACACCUGCUAUUCAGCUUGAGGACACCGACGCCUACUUCAUCUCUCAUUGUCCUUCAGAUACUGCCAAUAUCUCAGACAUACAUUGGCAUCUUUCAUUCACUGUUUAUGAGAGAAACCUGCUUAAGCACAUGGCAAAGACCCUUCCAGACAACUCUUGCCACCUCCGGUGCCUUCAGCUUGCGUCUUUCUUACACAGGAAGCAGACAGGCCUGACAGGUAGAAGUGCUCUCACAAACUACCAUUUAAAAACUGCUCUCUUGCAUCUGCUGCUGCGCAAAUCACCUUCAGCAUGGAAACCACAGUGUCUGGACCGGCGGUUGCAGGACUUGUUGGGCUUCCUACAAAAAAGCUUGCAAGAAAAAAGACUUAGUCAUAUUAUCGUCGGGAAUCAUCUCGUCCCAGCUGCCAUUGGGGUUCCUACAAUGUUCCUGACCACAGAACCUAUAAAUCUUUUCAGGCCUCUGGUGUUGCAGAGGCAAAUAUAUGCAAAGAUGGUGGAGCAUUUUCAGGAGAUGCUCAGAAAUGCACCAGUGCUUAUUCAAGAGUACACCCCUCACUUUCCUAAUGGCGACAUCUAUCAUGAACUCAGCUCACCAACUGAGUCAUAGACUGACGCACUGCGCUGAUGGAAAUUACCAGACUCAAUAGCUCAGUGUUCAGUCCUGGGGACUUUCAGACCAUAAUUGCAGAGUGAUUUUUUUCACAUGUGUAAAUAGCUUUUUUUGGCACUGAAAGAAUUAGUCUAGUAGAUUUCUACAUUAAGAUGGCAUUCCGUUUACUGUUAGGCAGCUUUUAAUGUGGGUUUGUACCUAAUGAACCACAUGCACAUAUAUAGGGCAAAUGCAUAUUUAGAUGUGGUGUCACAUUAAACAUGCAAUAAUGAGUUUGAAAAUUAGUAUUAUAGUACAUCAUCAGCAUAAAGGUUAUCUUCCGGUUUUAAACUGCUUUUGUAACUUGUGUGUAGGAACAUUCCUUUUGACAAAUGCAGGAUGUACAAAUGUAUUUAUAAAGAGCUUUUAUAGAAAGUUUACAGAGGUCCAGGGCUGACACACCCAUUGAGCAAGUCAAGUCAAGUCACUUUUUUUUGUGUAGAGCUUUUUACUACAGACAUUGAAACAAAGCAGCCCCAGACCAAGCCCUGACUGGCACACCUAGCAGGGGCUCAGGAAUACAAUCACAGAUACAAACAUGGGUGAUCACUGGAGCUUUAUUUUAACAUUAUAAACCCCUGAUCCAGUACAGCUGCACACUUAACUACAGCGAGGAAUAUUUAACCUGGUCUGGUGAGGAGCUCCACUAACAAAAAAUAAAAAUCCAUAAGCACAUGAGGAGGACAGUGGACAGAAAUUAUAAUCACAGAUGAAGUUGAAGUAAGAAUAAAACAUAGGUGCUUGGAUCAGAUGAUAAGCCAUUGACUUGCUAAAAGUCAGUGGCAAUAGCAGAGAAGAACUCUGGCACAAGAUGGGGAAGAAACCUCAGGAGGAAACAACAAUCUGAAAAGAGAGUUUAUCCAUGUCCGUCUACCAUUGGACAGCGCACUUGUACAGUACAGCUGGAUUUUUUUGUGCCCAAAGAGUGGACAGCUGCUGCCACUCUGAAAGGCUUGUAAGAGGGAUCAGAAUAUACAAAGAAGUGUUUAGAAUGUACCUUCCUUUGUGGUAUGCAGUAUUGUAGGAGUGUCACGCAUGCACAAGUGAUAAGUAGUGCUGUGUAUCAUUCAAAAUCUUCACUGCCUGUAACAGUACUGAUACCUUAACUUUGACACCAGUUCUUGAACACUUGUUUUUCUUAUAGUUUUUGAAUAAUUACAAACUGAAAGUGAGUGUAUUUACUGACCAUGAUGGACUAUAGAUACUCCUGAACCCUCAUUGAUGCUGAAAAGACUAAUUAGGUAAUGAAAUUUAGUACUGAACGACAUGGAAUCUUCCGCAAGUUGGUAUUGGUGAAGUAAUAAGUAAAAAGGACGACACCAUAAUAGUAUUGAAUUUCUAUACCAAGCCUUAGUGAUAACCUCAGGUUAGACCAUCAACAGCAUUUCCCUAGUGGAUAAUGAAGUAAAAAGGAGCCUGGCUGACCAACAGUCAACAUUGAUGUUUGCCCUCUGUCAGCCCUGAUCUUGAUUGUAGAAAUUGAGAGGGGAAAAGUUAUCUCCUAAAAAAGCCAACUUCAAGCACUGUGUCUCACAAUUUUGAACCUUUUUUUCCUAGAUAUGGUGGACUGAUCAUACAUGUACAAAAGAGAAUGUAUAUGUAUAGCUAGUACACGAUAAUGACAGUAUUAGAAGAGCUGAACAAAUAGAUGUUAGAAUAAGCCAGAUUUAAGGCACAAAUAUAUAUUGACAUUACAUGUUAAAUAUGACCAGACUUUACAAGCUUGACUGUGUUCAUGGGUUUUUGGCUAUGGCCAGGAGUAUGCUCUGACAAAGUUGAGGACAUGUACAUCAUUUCUAAGGACUUAUUAGGCCAGAGUAAGUUUAGAAGGUGACAUGGAGGGCAUUGAGUCCUUCUUAUCUAAACAUACUAAGACUCCUCAUACCACAUUCCAGUCAUACCAAUUCUGUCUCAUGACAUACUGCAUGAGAUAAAGUGAUACACAGGGCUGGGCAUCGUUCAUGGGUCCAUACCAAACAAGACUUGUAAAUUAAGAUUUAGAAUUGCAGUAAUUUUUAGAAAUAUAUACAAGCAAUACUA